ACGGAUUAUAUAUUGAGUAGAACAGAGUGGGCAUUGUGUGAGUAGUACUAAACUCUUUGUCUCUCUACUCCUUCAACUUCCAAAUAUUCAAUUCAAGCUUAUCUAUGGAGGGCAUAACAGGCCUUACUCACUUAUUAGUCACAAUGUUUCUGGCAGGCAUUGGCGGAGUAAUAGUCAUUCCGGCUAUCACCGACGUCACCAUGGCCGCACUUUGCCCCGGUCAAGAUGAAUGUUCUCUUGCCAUUUACCUCACUGGUUUCCAGCAUGCUAUGAUUGGAGUGGGAUCAGUGGUGACCACACCUUUAAUUGGAAAUUUGUCUGAUCGGUACGGCAGGAAAGCGUUGAUCACACUUCCUCUCACAGUGUCUCUCAUUCCUCAAGCCAUAUUAGCAUAUAGCAGAGCUACCAAAUUCUUCUAUGCAUACUAUGUGGUGAAAACUCUUGCUGCCAUUGCAGGCGAAGGAAGCUUCCAUUGCCUAGCUCUUGCAUAUGUGGCAGACAAGGUUCCAGUUGGGAAACGAGCGUCGGCAUUCGGAAUACUUGCUGGUGUUGGAUCAGCAUCAUUUGUUGGUGGAACUUUGGCUGCUAGAUUCCUAUCUCCAGCUUUGACAUUUCAGGUUGCUUCAGUCUUCUCAAUGAUAGCAUUGGUGUACAUGAGAAUUUUCCUUAAGGAAAGUUUACCUAUGAGGCAGCCAUUAUUGAAAGAGGUAGAGGAACCAUGCAUUCAACAAUGUGAGGAUGAUAUGCCACAAAGGACAACAGGAACAUUUAAGAAACUGCCUUCAAUGGGAGAUGUAAUUUGUUUGCUCAAGUGUAGCCCUACAUUCUCACAAGCCGGAAUUGUUUUACUUUUCAAUAGUCUUGCAGAUGGUGGCUUGAUGGCUGUAUUGCUGUAUUAUUUGAAGGCGCGUUUUCAAUACAACAAGAACCAGUUUGCCGAUUUAAUGAUGAUUAGCGGGAUUGGAGCUACUUUGACACAACUAUUUCUCAUGCCCAUAUUAGUGCCUGCUGUAGGAGAGGAGAAGUUGCUCACAACAGGGCUCUUUGUUUCCUGCAUAAAUAUCUUUAUGUACAGUAUAUCUUGGUCAGCAUGGGUACCAUAUGCUCUAGCAGGUUUCUCCGUUUUAGGUGUUCUUGUGCGCCCAACAAUAACCAGCAUUGCAUCCAAACAAGUCGGACCUAAUGAACAGGGAAUGGUUCAAGGAUGUCUCUCAGGAAUCACUUCGGUCGCCAACAUCAUUUCUCCAUUAAUUUUCAGUCCACUGACAGCCUUAUUCCUGUCAGAAGAUGCACCGUUCAAUUUUCCUGGAUUCAGCUUAAUGUGCCUUGGGCUAAUCCUGAUGACAGCAUUUUUCCUUAGUCUAAUGAUCCGUGCUCCUCCUCCUAUUGUGGAUGAUAAAGUUAGUAGUAACCGUAACCGCUGCACAGACACCUUGGUCUGAGCUGGGAUAUAAGUUACUUAUUGUUUGUGCUCAGAAGCAACAAACAUAAUAUCUCAUUCAUCAUUUUGCCUAAGCAAAAUUGUUGUACAUAGCCUAUCAGAGAUAAGUUAGCAAAAAAAGGGAAGGAACCAUACUUUAAGUACAGGUUCUACUUCUACUGACAAUAUGUAUGCUUUGACACGUGGAAACCAAGAAUUCUCAAUGGUGAAUUACAGAAAAAGGAACAUGGUUCAGUUAAGUUGGUUUUGAAAAUAGUAAACGGGUGAACCAACUGGUAAAGCACAGAAUUCCCUGCAAUUAUCAAGAGGAAAUGUGGUAUGUAUUUAUGAGCCACAGUGUCUCAUCAGUUGUGUCUCAAACCUUCAAAACUUAGCAAUAUUAUUUCUUGCAUUCAUACAGCCUUAGAUUUAUAUUGUUCUUCAUUUUUCCGGGAGUUUCCUCAAGCUAGCGGGGCCCGUUGGACACUUAUGUUUCUAUAUAUAAGUUAGUGAAGGACUGUAAUUUUUAGUAUGUUUCAUGUUAUGGAUGAUUGACAUCAAGUGUGAACUUGAACUUUGUAAUGUAAUGAUUGAUUUUGAUUAUUAAGCUU